GCUGGGGGUGAGCCUCAGUGAGUCCGUCACCCCUGCGCCGAAGUACUUCCGGGCAUCAGCUGGCCCGUUGAAGCUGAGCCUCGAGGCAGAGAAGCGCCUCAUGCUGAUCAAGUUGGAGGCAGACGUGCAGGCCGCCAUGCGCCAGGGGACUGUGAAGUUGGCGCCGCCAGGCAGCGUAUGCAAGUUCGUGCUGCCUUGCUUCACCUUGGAGCACCCGCGGAAUUGGCAGGACAUGAGCAUCAGCUUUGAGGUGCUGCUGGAUUGCAAGGUUACCUCGGUGGCUUCGGCGGAUGGCAGCGCCACGAGUGCACCUCCGGCUUUGCCAUGG